CCUGUCCCUCCAUGCAGCAAGUUAGAAAUACUCUAAUCUUUGCGCAGUAGUAAGACUUCUACAGCGCCAGCGGACGUUGGACUCAGAUCUCACUCCGACGACGCUCUCAAUACCUAGGAAGAAUUCAAAGGGGGCCUUCUCAACGCUGGUCUUUUAUCCCGGUAUACUGAAUUGCGCCGACAUAUACACGCUACCGCCAAGGCAACAAACCACAGUGCACGAUCGGCCUCACGCCCGCCGAGACGAAAACCAGCGCCGCGAGUUACACUUUCGACAUUUCGAGUGGCAUAUCUACAAUUAUCCACACGACCAUGGCCACACCUUCAUUACGCAGCCUCUUCGCCAGGCUUUCGUUAACACCAGCUACAUCUGCCAUUCCGCGCUCAACAAUCUCCACCAUCCUCCCAACGACCUCAUCGCUCACCGCCAUCCCCGCCUCCUCAACCUCUUCACAUUCGACACCAUGCCAACAAAUCCGUUCUUUCCACAAGUCGCCUGCGCGCGAAGCGAAGGGUGGGUCCUCCGCGAAAGGCGGCAAGAAGAAGAGGAAAAGCAAGAAUGUCGAGGGCCCGGAUCCGCGCAUCUUGAACCUCAAAGUGUCAAUGCCUCGCACCGUCCCCGCCCCCCUCCGUUUCGCCCGUAACCGCGCGCUGCGCCACUGGACGAUCCAUCGCGCGUGGUUGUUGUACCAGCGCAAGGAGCGGGAGAGGCAGGAACAUGAACUCCAGCGAAUGUACCAAUCGAUGUCCAGCGCUUGCGAGGAACUCCGCAAGACCAGCGGCCCCGGACUCCGUGACGAAGGCUACCUGUACCGCGUAGCGAUGGAGAAGCACGGCAUGUACGGCCACAACGCCGUGCCCAUCGAGUACGCGCGCCCGCAGACCGAGACGCCGCCCCGGCAGGCUUGGAACCACGAGUGGACGCGGUGAUUAAUGAACGCUGCAUUGUUUCUUAUUUUCUCCCAGCAUACCUCAACACAAUUGCCUUGGAACUAUUAUCAUGACUAGAGUGUACAAUACGAUAUACGAUAUGACAGAACGAAUGAACCGAGACGGGGACGAUUACACAGGGGAGGGUGGCCGGCCUACAUGAGAGAGAUAACUAGCUACACAGGCAAGCGGUUAUCCUUGACGUCGCCGAAUGCAGGAUUGCAUGGUUACCAUCUCAUCAGCUAGAUAGUCCGUGUCUUAUAGACUACAUAGUAAGGAUAAAUCAGGGCUACACGAACGCGUGUACGUUCAUUUCAUCAAGCAGGAGCUGGCAGUAGUGGAUCCCAAGCGAGAAUUGUCCGGGUUACAUGUGACGACGACGGCUCGAAACCCGUGAUAUUUUAGGCAGACGUUACCUUACCUCACACAUCAGGUUUGCGCGCAU